AUGCUGCUUCAACCCCGAAUUGCCCUCCGGGGCAUUCGGUUGCCCUUCAGGUGUUUACCUCCCGUGCCCUCCGUACCGAUUCGUCGCUUUGCUUCCGUCGUCAAUGGACCCGAGAUUACCCUAGAGAAGCUAGCAAGCUCGGAAAUUGACCCGAGUGCUUCUUUUGCACCACCCCCGACUCGUGAUAAUGCUGGCGUUAAACUCCGCACAUACACUCCCCGUACGCCCGGUGUGCGACACUUGCGCCGCCCUGUCAACGAUCAUCUUUUCAAGGGCCGUCCGAUCCACCGAUUGACUUUCCCCAAGAGAGGUCACGCCAAGGGUGGUCGUAACAACUCCGGUCGGGUCACUGUCCGUCACCACGGUGGUGGUGCUAAGCGUCGAAUCCGUACAGUCGACUUCCUGCGAAUGGACGCUGGACCUCAUCUGGUGGAACGAAUUGAAUACGAUCCAGGUCGGACUGCCCAUAUCGCAUUGCUUCGCAGCAAGGAAACCAAGAAGUUGAGCUAUAUCCUCGCCGCUGAUGGUAUGCGGGCUGGUGAGACCGUGCAGAGCUACAUGUCCGGUAUUCCGGAGGAUCUCUGGAAGAGCAUGGGUGGUACAGUCGAUCCUGGUGUCUUGGCUGCGCGAACCGCUUGGCGAGGAAACUGCUUGCCUCUGCACAUGAUUCCCGUUGGAACCCUCAUCUUCAACGUCGGAUUAAGAGCCGGCAAGGGUGGUCAGCUGUGCCGCAGUGCAGGAACUCACGCUACAGUUGUGGCCAAGGGUAGUGAUUCUCGACAAAAGGAAGUUGAGACUGAAGAAUCCGAAGCCGAAAAGAAGCCCCUCUCCGUGCGGGAUCGUCAGAAGCAGGAGCGCCUCGCCCAGCAUAUCACCAUCCGUCUCGCGAGUGGUGAAGUUCGACUCAUCCACAAGGACUGCUGUGCCACCAUUGGAGUUGCUAGCAACCCCAACUAUCAUUACACUCGCUUGGGUAAGGCUGGUCGCUCGCGCUGGCUUAACAUUCGCCCCACCGUUCGUGGAUUGGCCAUGAACGCCAUGGAUCACCCCCACGGUGGUGGUCGUGGUAAGUCCAAGGGUAACGUUGACCCGAAGAGUCCAUGGGGUAUUCCGACCAAGUCCGGUUACAAGACCCGCCCGAAGUGGAAGAUCAACAAGGCAGUUGUUCACCCUAGACCUCGUAACCAAGGUCAACGCCGUCGUGGAUACAACUAG